AUGGACGAUCUAGUGGAUCUCAACUGGUCAGACCCAUCCAAACCCGUCUCAAAAACGACCUCUCCUCAGCCCACAGCAAGCUCGAGCAGCUCCUUCGAUUUCUUAUCGCUUUCCAAACCAUUAUCAGCUAGUUCUGGAGGUAACACGCCAAACUAUUACUCUUCUACACCAAUACGUUCUUCUACUCCCUCUCAACCUCUCAAUCCUCGUCUCAAUGGUACCAGUAAUACCAAUAGUAAACCCAUAUCUAGGAGUGGGACACCCCUUCAAAACUCGACACCACAGCUGGGUGCUGGGGCAGGUACAGGUGGUUCAGACGCGUUUUCGUCCCUUCUAUCUAUGCCAUCUUCUUCCAGCAGCGCAGUCAAUAAGAAUAUGAGUAUGGCCGAAAGACAGAGAGCUCUGGAGGAUGAGAAGAAGCGCAAAGAUGAAGAAGACCGUAAGAGGUUUGAAGCCGAGGGUCAUUUCUGGGAUAAUCUAGGCUCGUCUUCCUCUAGCACCAUCAAACCACCUGCUAAAACAGUCAUACAACAGAGGGAUGAUUUUGAUGAUUUCCUGAAACCUACGCCCGUUCCCACCUCUAACGCAAGAGCGAAAAGUCCUGCUCAACCCACCUCUUCAAAUGAUAUAUUAUCGCCCACACUGCCGUCUGGAGCUUCAAACCCCUCUUCAUCAGCUGGGACAUUCUGGGAUAACCACCAUGAUUCUGAUGAUCUCCUAUCAGGUAGUACAUCAAAGCCUAUGCAGGCUCAGACGAGUAUCAGUCCUGCUCCCCCUGCCGACCCAUUCGACUUUGAUGCGUUAUCCGCUUCCAUAACCCAACCUCGUAAUAACGGAAACGGGCAUACGUCAGAUCAUGACGAAUUUGAUAUUCUAGGUGAUUUGGGUAAACCUGUUGCACCCAAAGCACCUAAGAACGAGCCUGGUCCAUCACGCCCAUCUAAACCUCCUUCUUCUUCUUCGCGCUCAUCUUCACCUCCACCCCACAUCGUUGGUCAGAUUGUCGAAAUGGGCUUUUCACCCACACAAGCGCGUCAAGCUCUUGCUAAGACUUCAACGGGUUUAGAUGUCCAGGCUGCUUUAGAGAUUCUCCUGGGAGGACAAAAUCCCCAGUCUAGCUCUAGGUUAGAUAAUCGAGAUCACGAUAAUUUCGGAGAAGAUGAUGAAGAUUUCGUUGAACGUGAGCGACAAAGACGUGAGGAAGAAGAACGUGAAAGACGUAGGAGAAGACGUCAAGGUCCAUCUAGAGAUUCGGUUCAAGCGCGUUCUGCGGAAGAAAGAGAACAGGAAAAAGAAGCUAGCGCGCAGGAACAGGCUGAGAAGUACUUGGCCCAAGCUUCUGAAAUUGGCACGAAUAUGUUCAACAAAGCGACUAGUUUCUGGAAUAGUAGUAAAGAGAAAGCGAUGAAGGUGUAUGAAGAACAAAGAAAGGUCAUGGAAGCUAAUGCAGCUGCAGCUGCAGCUGGAUCAGGUGGAGAAGGUAGGAAGCCUAUCAAAGAUGGUAGACCUAAAUGGAUGACUGAAGCACACGAUGAGGGUUGGAAUGGAAAACCAAGCAAAGAAGAAAAGGGUGGAUUCAGGGAUGACGAUCAUGAUGAAAAUGAGGGAUUUCACACUCAAAUUCGUUCGAAAGGGAAACAACCACAAUCGAAUGGUGCUGGACCUUCAAAGUAUCCUGUUUCUGCGGCUGCGAUACCUAGCAGUGGUUCUUCGUCUGGAUACAAGUCAUCGAAAGAACGAGCCGAUCUCCUCUUUGCUGAUGAAGCACCCCGCUACAAAUCGCCUGCCAGACACCCUAAGAAACCUGCUACUCCCGCUCCUGCACCCGUACCAGCCAAACCAUUACCUUCUCGGACAUUGGUUUCAGCAACUUCAGGUCAACUCGAGAAGUCAGCUAGUUACAAGGCAAAGGGUAACGAGCAUUUCAAACUGGGGCGAUUUGCCGAAGCUGAAUCAUCUUAUACCACCGCCAUCUCUCAGUUACCAGAAGGACACUUAUUCUUGGUCCCCUUACACAACAAUAGAGCAGCAGCAAGACUGAAAUUAGGUGAUUCGUCACCUGCUGUGGAGGAUUGCUCAUUAGUGAUUGAAUUGAUAGGUCCCAGUUAUCAUCCAUCAAAAGAAGGUCCUCUCCCUCCUGACAUAGCAAAAGAAGUCAAGCUGUUCGAUGGACUGGUGAAGGCUCUGUCGAAACGAGCGCAAGCGUGGGAAAUGGGUGAGAAGUGGAAGAACGCAUUGGAAGAUUGGGAGAAAUUGAUAGGUAUGGAUCUAAGCGUUUUAGGAGCGGGAGCGAGCUCGACGAAGAACCUUGCUGCUGAGGGAGCAAGAAGAUCGAGAAAGAUGCUUGAGGGAGAUGGAGAUGGAUCCGCUAAACCGACAUCUACUGGCGGUAUCUCCUUGACAGGUGUCAAACCCAAACCCAAACCCAAACCUACUACCGCUACGCAAGGUGUGGCUACUGCUAGACCGGCAGAUGUGGAUAAAUCAGCGGCCGUCUCAGAACUUCGAGCAGCAGCGAAAGCAUUAGAAGCGGAAGAUGACCAGCGAUUAGCAUUGAAAGAUUCGAUAGAAGCUAAAUUGAACAACUGGAAGAACGGUAAAGAGACGAAUCUCCGAGCUUUAAUCGCCUCGUUGGAUUUGGUUUUAUGGGAUGAAAUCAUGAAGACUAGUGGGAUGAAGGUGGGGAUGCACGAGUUGAUCAGCGAGAAACAGGUCAAGAUCAAGUACAUGAAAGUGAUUGCGAGGUUACACCCUGACAAGCUCAACUCGCAGAAUACCACAGUAGAACAAAGGAUGUUAGCCAACGGUGCUUUCGGGACCCUAAAUGAGGCGUGGCAAGCAUUUAACAAGUAG